AGUAUUGAUCUUUAUAGAUCCGACUAAUGGAGUGUGCCACUAAACUAUAAUGAGGGGAGGAGAUGAAGGGAGGGUCAAAGUAAUCCCAAAGAGUGGAGCAAGCUACAUGACAUUACGCCAGUGUAAUGGUCGAAAUAAUCCUCCAUUGUGAAGGAAUGAUACCAUACGAUAUAUCUUUCAAAUGAUUCGUCUUGAUCUCAUACAGAUACCCCUAUGCUUUGCGCCAUUUCUUUCUAUCCAUAGAAACCAGAAAAUUAGUAGAGGGAUAAUGAUGCAAAUGUGUCCACUCCAAGUAAGCUGUCCAGAGUAACGCCAUCAUAGAAAUCUUUGUCUGAUGCUCUCGCCUGCAAUCAUAGUAAUCUGAAAUAAGAGGACAAAGUGCUGCUAGACUUGAUCUAAUAUACUACUACCAGUAAAAAUAUGGGUAAUUGUCUCAAUCUCAGAACAACAUUGACAUUGAGAAGCCAGUUGACUGCCAACUCUCCUUUGAUUAAUAGUAUCCACUAGAAUCAAAUCCUGCCACAAUUUUCAACAGAAGAAUGAGAUUUUGGUAGGUAUGGUAGGGUUCUAAAGGAGACAAAAUGAAUCUUGUAACGGUUUGCUAGGACAAAUCAACUGCCAUGCAGACUUAGUGGUAAAUCUACCAUCUGAUGUAGCCCUCCAAAAAAUAUGAUCUGGGACGUCAAUACAUAAUGGCAUGUUCACAAUCUGUUCUGCUAUAAUUGGUGGAAGAGCCUAUAUUAAUCGUCCAAAGUUCCAUCCAGUCUCCUUGAAAAAUUCGUGCACCCUCUCAGGUGUGUGUUGCCUAUGUGGGAGGAUCGACACCAAAGAACUAUCUCCCAUCCAACAAUCAUGCCAAAAGAAAAUAUGACCAGCCCCAAGUUGCCACGCAAUGUGUGGUUCGACGCACUUCUAACAGGCAUCAAAAGUAUGCAUCAUCUCCAAGUAUUAAAAUUAGAUGACUUAUACGUCUCCAACAUUAGCAACAUGGUGCAAUCUUUAAAGGCAUUCUUUUACCUCAAGCACUUCUAUUUUCGGUACAAUUAUGCAAAUGAAAGUAUUGGAUCCUAUGAGUUGAGACAUUUAAGACAGCUGGAGGGACUGUUCUUGGAUUAUUCUAAUGUGGACUGGAACUUUCUACAAUGUAUCUUCCCUCAAGAUUUUAUCUUUGUCCAGAUGCGGACUCAAUGGCACCCUUCCCGUUCAAGGUAAAC